AUGAGGCCGUCACGCGAGCCCCUCCCACUGAUCCGUGGCGCGUGGCGGAGAGUGGGCGGCGCGCCGGAGGGGCGCCGGCCGGACAGCGCGGGGAGGAAGCGGGCCGCCGCCAUGACAGGCCGGGGAGGCGGCGGCGCCUCGCGGGCGGGCAACCCGCCGCGCGUACUCACAGCCUCCGCGCCGAGACUACGCUAUCUGGCCACGUGUAUCCGCGCACCCCUAUGGUCGGUGGGCGGCAGCACGUCGCCAGGCGGCGAUGAGACGCGCGGCCGGCGGCGGGGCCGCUGCAAGUGGUUCAACGUCGCCAAGGGCUGGGGCUUCAUCACGCCCGACGACGGCGGACAGGACGUCUUCGUGCACCAGAGCGUCAUCCAGAUGACAGGCUUCCGCAGCCUGGGUGACGACGAGGAGGUGGAGUUCGAGUGCAAAGCGUCGGACAAGGGCCUGGAGGCGACGCUGGUGACCGGGCCGUCGGGCGCCGACUGCUGCGGCAGCCACCGGCGGCCCGUCUCCAAGAAGAGGUUCCGCAAGAUCAGCAGAUGUUACAACUGCGGCGAGUUCGCGAACCAUAUAGCGGCGAAAUGCACCAUGGGUCCGCAGCCCAAGCGCUGCCACCACUGCAAAUCGCAGGACCACCUCAUCGCGGACUGCCCCUCCCGGCCGGAUCGGAACAAAAAGUCUCCGUCGAUGGCAGUGCCAUCUGCUGGCACUGGAGGCGAAGCUGAACAUCCAGAGACGACCGCGGCGGUGCCGCCAGAUGGCGAAGCUAGCGUCCAGCCCUCUACCACCACAGCGGGCGGAGAGUAA